AUGAUGCCAAUUAGGAUGCAAACUCUAGCGAUGCCUACGAUGCAAGCUAUGCAGCCUCGGGUAAGCCAAGCUUACUAUCAGUUCGACGGGCCACCAGUGACCGUCUUUGUUGGAAAUAUUGCCGAAGAUGUUACCGACACUCUUGUUAGGCAAAUUUUGAUGAAAGUCGGCCCUGUCACCAACUGGAAGCGAGUCCAGGGCACUAAUGGCAAACUCCAAGAAACAACAGUAGCAGGUUUACAAGACAUAUCCCCACAAAAGAUAAAAGUAGAUGACCAGGCGCAAAAUGUCAUCGAAAACUGGAAGAUUACUGUUGGUCUCAAAAAGGAUUCUGAUGGAAUGGACGUCAUUUCGCCCCAGAUUAGAGAAAAGGACGAACAAGUUCGAAGCGAAAUAAAGGCGCUUCUCAAGGAGUACCAAGCUGAUAUCCCACCUCCUGCUUCUAAGGAAGAACAAAAAGAACCUGAAAAGGAGAAAAAGGAAGAAAAGAAGCCGGAAUCAGGCGAAAAAGAGAAGUCCGAAAAGCCUGACGAGCCCAAGAAAACGGACGAAAGAAAAGAUGAACGGUCGAAGUCGCCGAAAAAACGAUCGAAAAGUCGAGAAGCUUCGCAAAGAAAACGCUCGCGAUCUCGUUCUAAGAGCGCUCGCACCAGAAAACGAAGUAGAAGCAAGGAAAGGAGCAGACCUAGACGUUCUAGAUCAAGAAAUCGAGAAAGAACGCGGGACAAUUCAAGAGAACGAUCGAGGGAGCGAGAACGCAGAAGAAGAUCACUCGAAAGAAGAAAAGAAGAAGACGAAAUGCUCGAGCGGCGACGACUAGAGCGUAAGAUGAAGGAGAAACACUCGGCUUAUCAAGAACGACUUCAAGUCUGGGAAGCUCGAGAACGACGAAAAGCACGCGAAUGGGAUCGAAUUGAAUACAGAGAUAAUGAAAGAAGAAAACAAAUGGCCAAAGAGGCGCGACGGCUCCGAGAUUUCCUCGAAAGCUAUAAUGACGAAAAAGACGACAGAAAGUUCUACUUCGGAUCGGGCUCUGCCUUCAGUAAGCGGCAAGAAUCGCGAAAGCGAGAGAUCGAAGAUGAUGCAAAAGACAAGAAGAAAGAGGAAGGCGAGAUUUCCCUUCUUCAUGAAAAGCUCGCAGGAGAAGGCCAUCCAGAUCCGAAUGGAGCCAUCGCCAAAGUCAUCAAAGAAGCAGAGGAAGUCUGGCAGCCAUUCAUCAAACCUGAUGUUAGGAUAAAAAAGGGUAAACGACGUGAUUCGACUUCAUCCACCGAUGCAGAGGAGUCAGAAGAAUCAUCGGACGAGUCCGGGCGAGAAUCUGAUGAUGAACCACUCGUUUCUCAGAUUAUGAAAAAUAAUGAGCCUGAAAAGCCAGUUCACCACACAAGCGAUGAAGACGACGAAGAUGGCGUUGAAAUGGACCUUGGAGACAAUCCAGCACCGCCAGAGGCUCCUCCGAUCUCCCUUCCUGCACUUUCAAUUCCAAAAGCAUCAGACAGUCCGACCGCGCGCAAGAAGAACAGCCGAAACGUUCCUUCCAUUUUCAACGAGGAAGAGCCUAGCGAAGAUCCAUCACUGCCAGGAGCUAGGAAACGCAAGCGAGAGACACCCAAGCCCCGUGAAAUCAUGAGUGCGGACGAGAAACGUCGCGCUGUCAAGGCACUAAUCGAAAGAAUACCGACUGACAAAGGUCCGCUAUUUGCAUAUCCGAUGAAAUGGGAAUACCUUGGAAAAGAACUAAUGGAGAAACGAAUCAGCCCGUGGGUAAAGAAGAAGCUCAACGAAAUUAUCGGAGAAGAUGAACCAACCUUAAUCACAUUCAUUACAGACAAGUUAUCCAGCGAAUCUAAACCCGAGCAAAUUUUAAGCGAAAUUCAAGUCGUUCUAGAUGAAGAAGCCGAAGUGUUCGUUAUAAAACUAUGGAGAUUACUGGUUUACGAAACCGAAGCGCGCGCAGAAGGCAUCUCCGCAUAG